GCUUUAUAGUUAGCUUCUAUUCAAAUGACUGGACAAAACGGAAAGAGAAAAGCACCAUCGAGCACGACUAAUUUUGUUGACAGGUUAUGCCGUCAACGACAAAUUCCACCUGGAAGUAUUGCUAUAAAGAAUUCUCGCAUGGUCCAUAUGAAACCUGGUUCAAAGAACCCACCACCACCACCACCUACUCAGAGAAAACAUCCACCACCGAUUCAGACAACUAAAACACCACCACCGAUUCAGACAAAUCCAACACCACCACCUUGGCAGCCUCCAUCAAAGACCUUGAAAACCCCAACACCGUCUCCUUCCCACCCUACUUCAAAGACUCAGACAAACCCACCACCACCACCAAUUCAGACAACCCCAACACCCUCUCCUUCCCAUCCUACUUCAACGAAUCAGACAAACCCAACACCACCACCAAUUCAGACAAACCCAACACCGCCACCUACUGAUCAGCCUCAACCAUCAAUCCCGACUUCUGAGGAAUUCAGAUUCAUUCCUACCCCGGGAUAUACUCAUCGUGUUUUACAAAGUCCUCCCCGUCACUCCACAGAAGAGGGCAUUCAAGAAGAGGGGGACCAAGCACUUUCUAAUGAGGAACAAGAAGAACAAGUUGAUGGGCAAAGACCGAAGAUCUAUAUUGUGGAAGAUACUGCGUUAAGUCCAGGAGAUCUUGUUGCCGAAAUGUGUAGAAAAGUUAUAGAAAAGCUUUACCGGGGUACUUUUUUUAAUUAUAGUGAGCUUAAACGCGAGAAAAGAGACAAAGAGAGAAAGCAAUGGUUCAACAUGUUUAAAUCGCUUGUAAGCUGGGACCGUUGUGAUGAUGCUAAAAUGGAAUACUUGUUUCAUCAAAGAUGUGCUGCACGACUACGCGAUAUAUUGCAAAAGGCUAAAGAGAAAGCAUGCAAGCCGCCUUGGAUGGGUGUAGAUACAUGGAAGUUUCUUCUUGAGAAGUGGCAGACAAAAGAUUUCAAAGAUGUCUCCAAACAAAAUAAGACUAAUCGAUCAUCAAGUAGAGGUGGGGCAGUCCAUACGUCUGGCCGUAAAGCUCACCAUGAUGUUGCACUUGAAUUGGCUAAAAAACUCAAGCGACCCGCACAUCCGGAUGAGCUCUUCAUUGCCACCCAUAAAAAGAAGAAUGGGGAAUGGGUUGACGAGCGUGCAGCGACAACACAUAUGAAAGUUAAGAGAGAAAUAGAGAUAAACAUAUUUGGCUUGAGGGGUUUUCUAAAUGUAUUGGCAGUUGUCUUUGCCAUGUGUUUAUAG